AUGGAUGAAUCCGGUAUUGAUAUGGGAUUUGAUCUCGCCUCUUUCUUGACAAAUGAUAAUCAUGUUGACCAUAUCUUGGAUGAGAUGACAGCAGCUCAGCAUCAGGACUUCAUGUACUACGAACUAAAAUCGAAGGCAGUGCCAGUGACAGAAAGUUUUGGCAUGACGUCAUUUUCAUUAGCCGGUAAGGUACCUAUACAGAUCGCGUUAGAGUUGAUAGAAGUUUGGACUUGUAACGUACUGAAAGAGGAUGGUGAUGAUGAAGAAGAGUAUGGAGUUUGCAAUGUGUAUCGUUGA